AUGCUGGACCUGGAUCAUUCAACCCAUCGGUUCAUGCUGGAGCUGGAUCCACAAAAGGACUAUCGGCAAAGGAACCCUUUGUCAUCGCCAGAGCCGCCAGAGAGCGAAGGCAUCAUUCAGCUAAGGAGGGCUCACUAUCUGGUGCUGCUACUUGCCACUGUUGCAGCGACCAUCACCUACCAGGCAGGGAUGAACCCGCCGGGCGGCUUCUGGCCUGACGACCGUGACGGGCACAAGGGCGGCGACCCAGUGCUGGUGACCACGCACCCCAGACGUUACAGGGCGUUCUUCUACUGCAACUCCGCCGCUCUGGUCGCCUCGGUGGUUGUCAUCAUUAUGGUCCAGAGCAAGCAUCUGACAUCGAGCGCCGUCCACAAGAGCCACGGGCUGGAGGCCGCCAUGAUACUGGACCUGCUUAGCCUCAUGGCUGCGUAUGCGGUCGGUUGUGCCCGGGACGUGAGCACCUCCCUCCACGUCGUCGCUCUGGCCGGCGCCGUCCUGGUCUACGUGGUCAUACACAUCGCCUUGUUCACGCUAGACCACAAGGGCGACAGCAGAGGCGACGACAAGGAGGAAGAGAAAAUGUUGAAGAGGCGCAAAGUACUGCUGCUGCUCGCCAUCUUGGCCGCCACCAUCACGUACCAAGCUGGGUUGACCCCCCCGGGAGGCUUCUGGGUCGACGAGGACGUGCCCGGUGGGCACACCGCAGGCUACCCAGUUCUCUCAACCGGCUACCCUCGCCGCUACGCCACCUUCUUCUACUGCAACGCGGCGAGCUUCAUGUCAUCCAUAGCCGUCAUCAUCCUCCUCGUCAACCCGAACCUGUACCGGCUGGGCAUAAGGUGCUACGCCCUCUACGUGUGCGCGGUGGCGGGCCUGUUCGGCCUCAUGGCCGCCUACGCAGCCGGAAGCUCUCGCCAUCUCCGGACAUCCAUCUUCAUGAUCUCACUGGUGGCUGUGGUAGUCACCUUCAUAAUCUUACUCCUUCUAGCAUUCCAUUUCAAAUUCAAUAAGGGUCUCGGGCUCGGCAGCGCUCACGAAACCAAGGAGACCCCGAAAGGGAAAGAGGGGAACAAGAAAAGAUACACCAAGCGCAAGUACUUGAUGCUUGUGGGCAUCCUGGUUGCGAGCGUCACCUACCAAGCCGGCCUUACCCCGCCGGGCGGCGUCUGGCCGGACGGCAGCGACGGGCACGCCGCCGGCAACCCGGUGCUGCGCGACAGCAACAAGCAGCGGUACCGCUUGUUUUUCUACAGCAACUCCGUUUCUUUCUUGGCGUCCAUCGUCGUCAUCCUCCUCCUGCUGUUGGACGAGACGUUGUUCGACCCGAAGCAGGAGUUGGAAUCGGACGAUCUGCAUCUGCUCUGGGUGGCCCAGUCCUCGAUUCUGCUGGCCCUGCUUGGCCUCCUGUGGGCGUACGCCUCCGGCUGCAGCCGGGAGUGGAAGACAUCGGGAUAUGUCGUCGCGCUCGCCGUCGCUGUGCUGCUCUACAUGGCCAUCCAUGUGGCGCUAUCAUGCCACGACAAGAAAGGCAAAAAAACACCUCAACAGGACGGCAAAUCACCUGGCAAGCAAUGCAGUUCCGAAGACGGUGAAGGAAAGCUAGAGCGGGUUCAAUCUGAGAUUAACACUGUGUAG